GUAAACAAACACCUGCAUUAUUUGGCGGCAGAAGGUGACGUGAAGUGUUUCAUUGACAGCUUGUCAGGCCCUUAAGGAGCGGUGAAUAGAGAGAGGACUGGCACCUCAGUGGGGCUUUUUUUUUCUAUCUAAAUUUUUUGCUGCUCUUGGUCAGUGGCCCUUUUACAUAGAAAAAAUCAAAUAAAAACAGCAGUGGUAUGGAGUGUGUCAGCAGCACCAUUGAGCCUGAGGUGGUGCCAGAGUUCCAAGGAGUCUCCACCUGCACCACUGCCUUCUUCAGGGUGACCUCCAGUCUGAAUCAGCUGGAUGGGAAAGAGGUGGUCCAGAAGCACACCCUACUCUCUACCAGCCGGGGUCACCUGGUGGAGGUGGAGGGUGGCAAGGUGCAGCGAUCCACUCCCUGCGCCAAGGAUGUCACCAAGAUUGUUGUUCACCACGACUUCGAGCCACUGCAGCUGUACGUUGUAUUGCUAUGUGGCUCAGGGACAGCUACACUGCUUGCCUACCAAGACCUGAAGGUCCUGCACAAGUGGGAGGGAGUGAGGGACAUUGCAUCAGCUGAUCCCAAGGCCAUUGGCACCCCUCAGCUGCUCCUUACUAUGCAGGAUGGCCAAGCAUUAGUAAUAUCCAAUGCUAAACUAAUGAGUUAUGCCAUUGGUGGUGACAAAGAGAGGAAGGAGGAGGAAGAGAGGAAGGAGACUGCAGCAGGGAAGAAGGAAGUGGUCCAGGCACUCAUGCACCAUUUCAAGGCAGGAAUCAAGCAUGCUGAGCAGCUCAGAACAGAGAGGAAAAUGAAAGAGAACUUUAUCACAGAGGAGCUUCAUGUCUUACAGUUGCAGCUACAAGGAAAACUUGAUGAAAGGGAAAGAACUCUGGUGCCAGCCCUGAAUGUGGAGGAAAGGGAAGGUGGGUCAAAGGAGAAUGUUGCCCCACAGUACCCAAACCCUCUGAAGGUUCAGCGAGUGUACCACAAGCUGGUGCAUAACAAGUGGGUGGUGGGAGUGAACGUGACCAAUGAAGGGGAGAGAGUAUUGGUGAAUGACCUUGAACUCAUCCUGUGCUGUGGAGAGGUGCCACUGUGCCACACUAGCCAGGUGCUCAAGACUGUAAGGCAUAGCAGACAGAGAGAGACUGAUGUGAGAGUGACCAUUGACCACCUAGACCCCCCUGUGCUCAGACCCAAGAAGAAGGUCACAGUUGUAGGUGUGUGUGAGGUACCAUCAUUUGAAAUGGGGCCCUCUGUGUCCUGCUCUGGCUUGUUAUCCUACACCUGCAAGCCUCUCCAGUUGGCAUCCACCCAGCCAGUGAACACCAAUGAGUGCCAAACCCAAGAGUACCAGGUGUCUGUCCCUCUUGUAGAGCUGAAGGCCAGUGAACUGCACAACCAUCAGGCCUCCUUGGAGCUCUGCAACUCCUCCAGGACAGCCGUUGUGGCCUUUAGCACUGUGGCCUUGGUGGCUGCCAGCAAGUGCACUCUGGUGUCCCUCACUUCAUUAGUGUCUCCCCUCAACACCUUCAUCGACAACAUCUCUCAUCAUCACAAACUUAACAAGGUGUCUGGUGUGAGUGACUUCUAUGUACUGCACCAUGGGGAGAGUCAUCCCCUGCAGCACACUGGCUUCACCCUGCACCCUGUCAACUCACACCAUCUGGACCUCACCCUCUACACAAAGGAUGCAAAACAAGCAUAUGUGCUGGCACACACCUUGUUGGCUGCCCUGCCUGAGGAUGCCAGCAUGCAGUUCUUACGGGGCCCUAAGGACACUGGCAGCACUGGCAUCCAGCCCCACAACCUGCACCACAUGCUGAUGGCCAGGAUGAGAGAGGCUGCCACCCAUGUCAUGGAUGGCCUGGAGGCACAGCUCACCACCAACAAGGCCCCAAGGACAGAGAGGAAAGUAGGGAGUGGGGAGCAGGAGGAUGGCUUCACUAAGUACACAAAGGAAAGGGAAGAACUGCUUGCCAGAAAGGGGAAUAUAAAAUUUAAAGAGGAGGAAUACAUUGUCUGGAGGAAGAAGUUGCAAGACAUCCAGACAGAGGUGGAUAGUUUGUAUCUCCAGUUCCUUAAAGCAAAUUGUGCCUCAGAUUGAUGUCAGUGAUUAAUAUGUAUGAUUAUC